CCCCUGUCGCUGUACGGCGGAGCCAUUGCCAAGAUGGCCGCACCCACGGGAGAUUAUCUCGUGGUGCAGCCAUCGCGCAGCCGGACGGGCUCUGCCUGCAAUCCUGGCGGCCGCCAUGUCGGCCUCUGGCAGCAACCCGAUCCUGACAAAGCCAGAGACGGUGAACCUCAGCAGGCCGGGAAUGGGCGAAGAGGCCUGCGGUCCCCCAGAGAUGGCAGUGUCCGAGUCGGGGAGCGGGGCUGCGGGAGCAGUAACAUUCAAAGAUGUGACUAUGGCCUUUACCCAGAAGGAAUGGGAGCAACUGGAUUCUGUUCAUAAGAACCUGUAUAAAGACGUGAUGCUGGAGAACUACAGUAACCUAGCCUCAGUGGCAGGGUAUGAAGCUCCCAAACCAGACAUAAUCUCCAAGUUGGAAAAAGGAGAAGAGCCAUGGUCGAGGAAGAGGAGGAGACCCAGUCAAGGUUGCCCAAGUGAAUUAGCGAGAUGUACGCAAAUAGGAGCCAAUGGAGAAGAAGAUCAGCAAGGUGAUGGCCAGGUAAAGAAGCACCAGGAAUCUCAAAAGAAACUCUUUAGGGAUACUGUAUUCAAAAAGGAAAUUCCAACUAAGAAGACAGGCCUUGAGUGUAGUUCAUUGGGGAAAAAAAUCAGUGUGAGUACAAAACAUGCUCCUUCCCAAAAAAGGCUUCUUAAAUUUGCUUCACAUGGAAUGAGUUUGAAACAGAAUUUAGACUCACCUGAUCAUACAAGAAACUAUGUAAAAAAGAAACCUGAUGCAGCUAAAGAACACAGGAAAUCAUUCAGCCAUAACUUACCUGUUACAAAGAAAGACAAACCUCAAACUGGGAAGAAACAUAAGAAAUUAUCCAGCCAUAGCUCAUCUGAUAAGUGUGACAAACCUCAAACUGGGAAGAAACAUGAGAAAUUAUCCAGCAAUAGUUCAUCUGAUAAGCAUGACAAAACUCAAACUGGAAAGAAACAUGAGAAAUUAUCCUGUCAUAGCUCAUCCCAUACUAAGCAGGACGAAAUUCAAAGUGGAGAGAAAUCAUCGAGCUAUAACUCACCUUCUACUAAGUGUGACAAAACUCAAGUGAAACCCUAUGAAUGUAAUCAGUGUGGGAAGGUUCUUAGCCAUAAACAAGGACUUACUGACCAUCAGCGAAUUCAUACUGGAGAGAAACCAUAUGAAUGUGAUGAAUGUGGGCUAGCUUUUAGCCAGAAGUCACACCUUGUUGUACAUCAGAGAGUUCACACUGGAGAAAAACCAUAUGAAUGUACUCAGUGUGGCAAAGCCCACAGUCAUAAACAUGCCCUCACUGACCAUUUAAGAAUUCAUACUGGUGAAAAGCCCUAUGAAUGUACUGAAUGUGGGAAAACCUUCACACAUAGCUCAAACCUCAUUCAACACGUGAGAUCUCACACAGGUGAGAAGCCCUAUGAAUGUAAGGAAUGUGGAAAAUCCUUUAGAUAUAACUCAUCUCUUACUGAACAUGUGAGAACGCAUACAGGUGAAGUACCAUAUGAAUGUAAUGAAUGUGGAAAAGCCUUUAAGUAUAGUUCAUCCCUUACUAAACAUAUGAGAAUUCACACAGGUGAGAAACCCUUCGAAUGCACAGAAUGUGGGAAAGCUUUCAGCAAGAAGUCACACCUAAUUAUACACCAAAGAACUCAUACAAAGGAGAAGCCCUAUGAAUGUAAAGAAUGUGGAAAAGCCUUUGGACACAGCUCAUCUCUUACUUACCACAUGAGAACUCAUACAGGUGAAAGUCCUUUUGAAUGCAAUCAGUGUGGGAAAGCUUUCAAACAAAUUGAAGGCCUUACUCAACAUCAGAGAGUUCAUACUGGGGAGAAACCCUAUGAAUGUAAUGAAUGUGGGAAAUCCUUUAGCCAAAAGUCACACCUUAUUGUACACCAGAGAAUCCAUACUGGGGAGAAACCCUAUAAAUGUAAUGAAUGUGGAAAAGCCUUCUGUGCAAAGUCACAGCUUGUUAUACAUCAGAGAUCCCACACUGGAGAGAAACCCUAUGAAUGCAGUGAAUGUGGAAAAUCUUUCAAACUAAAUGCAUCCCUUACCAAACAUGUGAAAACUCAUUUAAAUGCAAAAUCUAAUGAGUGAAAUUAAUGUGUGAAAAUUUUGCACUGAACUAAAGGUUUUAUAUAAGUUAGAAAUAUUCUGAAUUUAAUGAAUGUUAGAAAGCCUUUAUCAAGAAGCCACACCACAUUGCACAUG